CAUUGGCCAGACUGGAUAGUCGAAGCUCGUGUCGCUGUCAGUGCGCGGAGUCACACGGUUUCCCUGCUUGGCAGUGUUGGUACCGACGCUCACGAUCUGGAGCUUUUACCAAAAUUGAUGAAUACCACCUACAUGCUUAUCGCAUGGAAUGAAAGCCACGAUCCUGAUGUGAAAGAGGGGAAGAACCAGAACAGAGUCGCUUUCUUCAAUCCUGACACCCAUACAACUCCUGACAUUACCCAUUUCAAGUGUCAACGGGAAACUGUCAGAAGACUUGAGCCAUGCCCUGCGUUCAGGCUCAGUAUGGAUCAUCACCUCAAGGAGCUAGUCCUGCUUCCCAGAGCUACAGCUACCACACCGCAGGAGAAUACAGCUGCGACUUCUUAACACCCGAGUUUGUUAAGUUUAGCAUGGACUUGACCAACACUGAGAUCACAGCCACUACUUCUCUCCCAAGUUUCAGUACAUUCAUGGACAACUAUAACACCAGUUACGACGUUAAACCGCCCUGUCUGUAUCAGAUGCCCCACUCUGGAGAGCAGUCCUCUAUCAAGGUGGAGGACGUCCAGAUGCACAACUACCAUCAGCAGAGCCACCUGCCACCUCCGUCGGAAGAAAUGAUGGCUCACUCUGGGCCUAUGUACUUCAAACCCUCCUCGCCUCACGCCCCGACUACACCAAACUUCCAGGUUCAGCCCAAUCACAUGUGGGAGGACCCGGGCUCCCUCCACAGUUUCCACCAGAACUAUGUCGCGGCCACGUCCCACAUGAUAGACCAGCGCAAGAACCCGGUGUCGAGGCUUUCGCUCUUCUCCUUCAAGCAGUCCCCGCCCGGCACUCCUGUUUCCAGCUGUCAGAUGCGGUUCGACGGGCCGCUGCACGUCUCCAUGAACCACGACAACCCGGGUGCGCACCGCGGCCUGGACGGCCAGAGCUUCGCGGUGCCCAGCGCCAUCAGGAAACAGGCUGGUCUGGCCUUUCCUCACUCCCUGCAGCUGAGCCACGGGCACCAGCUGGUGGACAGCCAAGUGCCAUCGCCCCCGUCCCGAGGAUCUCCGUCAAACGAGGGUCUGUGUGCGGUAUGUGGGGACAACGCAGCCUGCCAGCAUUAUGGAGUGAGAACCUGCGAGGGCUGCAAAGGAUUUUUCAAGCGCACCGUUCAGAAAAAUGCAAAAUACGUGUGUUUAGCAAAUAAAAACUGUCCUGUUGACAAACGCCGAAGAAAUCGUUGCCAGUUCUGCCGUUUCCAGAAGUGCCUUGUAGUCGGGAUGGUGAGGGAAGUUGUCCGAACGGAUAAUCUGAAAGGUCGAAGAGGACGCCUACCAUCCAAGCCCAAAAGUCCCCAGGAACCCUCCCCACCCUCGCCGCCGGUGAGCCUCAUAAGCGCACUCGUUCGGGCCCAUGUGGACUCCAACCCCUCCAUGUCUGCUUUGGACUACUCAAGAUUCCAGGCUAACCCUGACUACCAAAUGACUGGCGACAACACUCAGCACAUCCAGCAGUUCUAUGAUCUCCUGACGGGCUCCAUGGAGAUCAUCCGAGGCUGGGCGGAGAAGAUUCCUGGCUUUUCUGAUCUACCGAAGCAAGAUCAAGAUCUCCUCUUUGAAUCCGCCUUCCUUGAACUUUUUGUCCUACGGCUGGCGUACAGGUCCAACCCGGUGGAAGGAAAACUUAUUUUUUGUAAUGGAGUGGUGUUACACAGACUACAGUGCGUCCGUGGAUUUGGAGAGUGGGUGGACGCUAUCGUGGAGUUUUCUUCCAACUUGCAGAGCAUGAAUAUAGACAUCUCAGCUUUUUCCUGCAUCGCAGCUCUGGCCAUGGUAACAGAGCGACACGGGCUUAAGGAACCCAAGAGAGUCGAGGAUCUCCAAAACAAGAUAGUCAACUGUCUCAAAGACCAAGUGACGUUCAAUGGCGGUGGUUUGAAUCGUCCCAACUACUUGUCAAAACUCUUGGGAAAGCUCCCCGAACUGCGCACACUAUGUACCCAAGGUCUGCAGCGUAUCUUUUACCUAAAGCUAGAAGACCUAGUCCCUCCGCCAGCAAUAAUUGACAAACUUUUCCUCGACACCCUACCUUUCUGAGUCUGACUCAGAGGCGAAACCUCAAAGAACUUCCAAAAAGACUGUUUGAGUCAGACUUGACAGAUUUUUUUUCACGCUAUGAUUUCUGAGUAUUUGCAAGCUCCGUAGGCUACUAGAACACCAUAUUCAGAUGAGUAAAAGGAUUCAAGAAAAAAGUAACAAUAACGAGGAGGCAGAAAACUUUGAUUUGCUGUGUAGGCCUUUUAAUUCCCUGAAUUGUUUUUUCUUUUCUUUUCUUUUUUUGAGUGCCAAACGAGUUAAUGAGACACUUGGAAUUUCUCUCCAACUAAAGUUAACCUGGUCUUGCAAUCACUUACAGUUUCUUUAACAUCGGCUCUACUGAUUCAGCAUACUCAGAUGUAAUAUAUUCCAUUUAUAUACAUACAUAUAUAUAAAUAUAAACACACGCACACACACUGUAUAUUAUAAUAGAUUAUGUGAUGCCUCCAACGCAUCGGUUUAUAACGUGUACAAAGUUUGUUAUAAUGAAAAGAUUUAAUUUUCUUUUCUUUUUUGACUCGUGCCUAUGUGUUUCUGACAGGAUCCCAAAAGUAUCCAGAAAAGACAACGCAUGUUCUAGUUUUCUUUUUUCCCUUCUUCUUUUCUUUUCUUUUAUAGGCACUUGCUGAGGUGAUGUCUAUAUAUAAUAUAUACCGGACACUAUGUAGUCUGCUAGAUUUGAUACAGAUUCGUAGUUAUGGCACUCCUUUUAUGUAUGACGCAUAUGUGGAAAAAUAUUUCAUCUGUAUAGAAAAUGAGGGACCCAUGGUGUUUGUAAAACUGUCAGACAUUCCUUGUUUGUAUGUGCUGUAAGUAUUGUUGCUGUUGAAUAUAAACGUUUCUAUAUAUUUAUUAUUUCUAUUGCCAAGAGCUACACUAAGCAUGGUGCAAUUUAAAGGAUUUCAAACCAUCCAAGUUCAUGCUGAGCACGUUGUCUAUGUUUUAUGUCUUAUAAACGUCUAGGUAGUUAUGAUUUAACACGUUUGGAAAUGAAAAAUCCCAUCUUAUAUGAAGAGGUUUUCAUGAGUGUGUGAUUAUAGGCCUACAUUCUUUGGCAUCAUGAUGUACUUAAAAGUUCUGUAACGCAUUUGGUGCCGAAUUCCAAAAAAAAGGAAAAAAAACUUUAGAGAGAAAGAAAUAUUUAAUGUUUACAAAUAAAACUUUUAAAUCAAUUCUUUGCUAAACACUUUCUCUGAAAUUAAUUCAUCCUUCAAAUUCAGACCUUCCUAAUCGACGAGAGACACUCUGGCACAACAGAAAGAAGCUAUUCUCUCAUUCGAGCUUAAUUUAAUUUCCCCAAGGAGGCGGUUAGGAUUUUGCGCACGCAGGCCUGUUUGCGCAAAAUCUAACGUUUCAACAACAUAAUAAUAAUAACAAUAAUGUCUGUUUCGCCUUUUUUUAAGGAAACAUGAAAAGAUGUAGAGAUGUUUAGUUCAACGGAUUGUAAAUUAUGAUGUUGCAUUUUAAGGCUAAGAACAUUUCAUAAAUAAUCGGCAGUCAGUUUCAUGUUUUAUUUUGAAGUUUGGACUCUUCAAAAUUAUUCUGCUUUAUAAACGCACAGAUUCAGAAUUUGACUAAUCCAACCGCCUUGCUUACGCGUGUAGCCUAAAUGAAUCAUCAAAAUUAUUACUUUUAAUUUGGAGAGUCACUUAAACAUGGUCUCCUGCAUUUUUGUCUAUCUUUUAAAAAUAUUUCCUUAAUGUAAACAAAAAAAAGACUUAUUAGUCCAUCCUGAUGCAACCGCUUUCCAUUUUCUAAUGUCUCUUUGUAUUUGAUAAAAUAAAAGACCACAACGGAUUUAAUAUAGGAAUCUUAGUUUAACAUAAAGUACAAUUUCUUAAAGGAUCAUUUAAAAAAAAAAAAAGCAUCGGAUCUUAUAUUCCAAUCUAUUGCUCUGGAUGCUCUUUGCUGAUGUGACGUGGAUGAUAAUAAAACUUAACGGUAGACUUUACUUUUUGCGUAAUGAUCACAGAAUUAAUAAAGUAAUGUGCUCCUUUAUAUUACCUUUAGUUUUGUAUACAAGAUCAUCUUUUUUUACGCUCUCGCUUCAUUUAACUUUACUUUUAUUGCCUAAACGCACACUGUUAACCUGCGUUACCUGCCGACUGAGUCACAUCACAGCCGAAGCGGUUGAAAGUCAGCAGUUUUCCGGCAGUAAAACGCCGACUACAUGCAACUUGGCAUCACCAAUGACAAGCAGACGCAGUCAGUGUGCAGCCUACACAUGCUUUGUGAAAUGUGAAACCUGGUUGCGCACAGGUGGCACAGCUCUCCAAAAGAUCUCGCGUCACAGUGCUGAAUGUUGUCUGUGAAAUUUUCAAGUUUCAGUGAACAAGAAUGAUAUAAUGAUGCACAAACAGGAACGUUUUUUUCCCCCUUUUACCCAAGCCGGCGGAUGAUAGAAAUGCAAAGUAACCUGGUUCGUUUUAUUAGUUGACUAGUAAGCCUGUUAGUACAGACACACAAAAAAACUCCCCGGGGAGUCCCGUUGCGCGCUUCUGGUUUCUUCCACAGCACCUACUUCCACUUCACCAGUAAUUAAAUUAUACAGGUAAAACGUGCUAAUGUACAUCCCUUAAUCCCAUUUACUGAUUACCGUUACCACAGCUCGGGUCUUUGAGUUGUCGCGGCGCACCGCAUCUGCGUACGCUGUGGACUGUAACAGCAGAAAUAAAAGUGAUUCAGAAACGCAGAGAAAACGGCAGUGAUUUGGCCUGAACAACAGUGCAGCAGGGCCGCUGUCACAAAGCCUUUUCUCUACUCUAGCAGAGGAGAGAAGUGACGCCAGGCUCUGAGGCAUGUCUGGGACUUAUCCACAGUGAUUCCACAUUUAUCACAUGAUCAAGAUGAAGGGAACAGCUUAUUUUGAGAGAUAUUAGCAGCAGGCAAUAAAGUGUCUAAAUAAUUAGAUCGUCACUGUAAAGUGCUAAUUCCAAGGCAAAUUGGGAUUACGUUCAGAACCAGUUUGCUGACAUUUAGCAGAUCUGUUGAAAGGGUGCAUUACAAUGUCACAAGUUUCUUCUAUUGACUCUAAGUACAGUUAGGUUUUAAACAUGUCUAUCUCAGUACAAUAAAACAUGACACAUGUAGCUAA